AGAACCGCGGUGCCCAUGGAGAAGACCACAGUGCUGAUCACCGGCUGCUCCUCGGGCAUCGGGCUGGGGCUGGCAGUGCGCUUGGCGGCCGACGAUUCCCGCAGGUUCAAAGUGUUUGCCACUAUGCGUGACCUGGCCAAGGGUGAGCAGCUGCUGGAGCGUCUGGGGGGCCGCUGCCCCGACACGCUGGAGCUGCUGCAGCUGGACGUCACCGACCCGCACUCGCUGGCUGCGGCUGUGCGCUGCAUGCAGGGGCAGCACCCAGACGUGUUGGUGUGCAAUGCAGGGGUGGGUUUGAUGGCCCCCCUGGAGAUGUGCUCGGAGCAGGCCAUGAGAGCAGUGUUCGAGGUGAACGUCUUUGGCACCGCACGCACCAUUCAGGCCUUCCUGCCCGCCAUGAAGCGCCGCCGCAGCGGGCGCAUUCUCGUGUCCAGCAGUGUCGGAGGGCUGCAAGGGGUGCCCUUCAAUGCCGUGUACUGCGCCAGCAAGUUCGCGCUGGAGGGGCUGUGCGAGAGCCUGGCCAUCGUUCUGCGGCCCUUCAACAUCCACAUGACGCUGGUGGAGUGCGGCCCGGUGCACACCGCCUUCAUGGACAACGCGCGGCGCGCCGACCCCGAGGGCCACGAGCUGCGGGCGCUGGACGCUGAGACGCAGCAGCUGUACCGCCGCUACCUGCAGCACUGCGCGCAGCUGUUCCUCGACGCCGCCCAGGAGGUGGACGAGGUCCUGCAGGUGUUCCUGGAGGCCAUCGCCGCCCCGCGACCGCCGCUGCGCUGCAUCACCGCGCGGCUCCCGGCCCCGCUGGCGCGGCUGAGGCCAGGCGGCCCCGACGGCGCUGACUAUGUGCGGGCCAUGCACGACUUCGUCUUCGGCCCCGGUGAAGCCGCCGAGGAGCAACCGUGA